AUGCCAGGGAACUUGGUGCGAGAUGACAAUCAUCUCUCAAUAGAUUCAGGGCUAGGGCUUCUACGACGUGUGCUGCGCAUCAGAUCCAGCAAAGACGCGCGUAUCACAACCGCCAAACCUGUCACUCUGGAAAUCUCCGACCAGAUGCACGGGGAUGCGUCUUUUUUAAUUGCCUCCCGCCAAGGCAACCGAACGAACGAACGGGAAUCAAUCACUCGCAUCUUGGGGGUUCACGCACCUGGAUAA